ACCCAUAGGGAAGACCUGAGCUCUGUGGCUCUGUGGCUCUGUGCUGUCUAUGGGCUGUUCGUUGUUGAUCAGCAGCCGCGGCUGCUGAAGAAGAAGAAGUCUGUUUUUAAACUGCAGUGCUUUAUUUAUUACUUAUUUAUUGUGUUUUAAGAAGUAUCACAAUGGCAUCAGAGGGUCAGCAACACUCUUCGGAACGAGAAGGCGUCUCCUCCCCUGUCACUUACUAUGGCUCUACGGACAGCAGUGGGGAACACAACACCCACCACAAGCACAGCAACAGUAAUGGACAUAACCACACGACCCACCAGCUCCCGCCCCCAUCUGCAGGCCACUGGGUCGGGGAUGACCACAAAGAGGAGGCUCUUCGUAGGAAACUAAAGUACUUCUUCAUGAGUCCCUGUGAUAAAUACCACGCCAAGGGCCGCAAGCCUUACAAACUGAUACUACAACUUCUCAAAAUUGGCAUAGUCACUGCACAGUUGGUGCUGUUUGGCCUAAGUAACCAGGUGGUGGUGACUUUUAAAGAGGAAAACACAAUGACAUUCAAAAAUCUAUUUCUCAAAGACUACGAUGAGUCCACAGAUGAUUCUUUUGCAGUCUACACUCAAAAUGAUGUCUAUGACCACAUGUUCUACGCCGUGGACCAGUACCUAGCCUUACCUGAGACCACAAUAGGACGCUAUGCCUAUGUGUACGGUGUGGGUGUGAAUGGCACUGCCCUGUCCCUGUGCCAGCAGUACUACAAGAAAGGACAUAUUGAUCCCACCAAUGACACUUUCGAUAUAGAUCCUCACAUCAUCACAGAUUGUGUUGGAGUGAACCCUUUGUUAGUCCCUUCAGUUCCUCUCACCAACACCUACAGGAACUUCACCCUUAAAUUCCACAAGCUCAUUAACGUCACUAUCCAGUUCCAACUAAAAGCAAUCAAUGUUCAGACUAUCAUCAACAAUGAGAUCCCAGACUGCUAUACAUUUUCAAUUACUAUAGUCCUAGACAACAAAGCUCACAGUGGCAAAGUGAAGAUUUGGCUUGAAAAUGAUGCAUCUAUAAAAGAGUGUAAGGACCCGAGCGUCUCGGGGCAAGCUGAAAACUACAGUCGCAUGGCGUUUGAUGUGAUUGUGGCUGUGGUGUGCCUGCUGUCACUUCUUCUCUGUGGACGCUCCAUACUGAGAGGGAUUAUCCUGCAGCAAGAGUUUGUCCAGUUUUUCAAAGAGUGUAUGGAUCGUAAAGUGUGCUGGUCAGACCGGUUGGAGUUCAUUAACACCUGGUUCAUUCUCCUCAUCAUCAGUGACAUAUUCACCCUCAUUGGCACAUUUAUCAAAAUUGGAAUAGAGUCAAAGAACUUCUCUUCCUAUGACGUCUGUGGGAUACUGCUGGGAACCUCGACACUUCUUGUGUGGGUUGGAGUCAUUCGUUAUCUGACCUUCUUCCAAAAGUACAAUAUUUUGAUUGUAACCCUCCGCGCUGCCUUUCCCAAUGUCAUACGCUUCUGCUGCUGCGUGGCUGUCAUCUACCUCGGUUAUUGCUUCUGUGGCUGGAUAGUCCUUGGACCUUAUCAUAUCAAGUUCCGUUCUUUGUCUAUGGUGUCCGAGUGCCUCUUUUCCCUGAUCAAUGGAGACGACAUGUUUGUGACAUUUGCGGGCCUGAGGGAGAGCAGUGCUCUCGUGUGGCUCUUCAGCCAGGUGUAUCUGUACACUUUUAUCUCCCUCUUCAUCUACAUGGUGUUAUCUCUGUUCAUCGCUCUCAUCACAGGAGCAUAUGAGACUAUCAAGCAUCAAACACAAGAGCCCAUCCACAUCACAGACCUGCACGCCUUUAUAGCAGAAUGCACUGAUGCGCCAAGCUCAGGAAAGUUCAGGGGUCUGGAAACCUCUCCAUGUUCAUUCUUCUGCUGCUGUGACAGAACGACGACGUAUGAAGAUGUCCUUCUGGUGAACUGAAAACAAACUCUGUGACCUCAGGAGUCGCACUGCCACCCUCUAGUGGCCUUAAGGACACAUUGCGUCUGAGUGUGCCACUCUAUAUGGGCCAAACUCGCUCAACAGGAGGAGCUGCUUGAAAUGAAAACUUUCACUUAUGCCUCCCCCAAUGCUCCACUAAUGCACAAAUAUAAGUCUAUAUGGUUUUAAAGCAGCAGUAUUCUUUAAAACAUUGCCUUAAAGUGUAGAAAAAACUUAAUUCAUUUCUAAUACAUGUGACAAAACAUGUACAUUGUAUUUUAAAAUGUUUGUUACAAAAAGUGUCAGACCGGAUAUGAGGGUUAUGGUGCUGAAUAGCACGUUUUACUGCACAUCUCAGUGUAUCUUAAUAAUGUUUUAAUAGAGGCUAAAUAUAAAGUUAUCCAAUUAAAAGCUGCCAGCAAGUAAAUGUUUCUACUAGAGAAUCCUAACCUGGGAAAAGUCCUGAUCUACAUAAACUCACAAAUUUUGUGUGAAAUGGUUUUGUUGCACAAAGUAAGGACACUACAGAAGCUACUUUAUCCACUCUGUGUUCAUGAACUCAAAGAAUUUACUUUUUAUGGGACAGGGCAAUGUAAUGCAGACAUGACUUGGACCUGUUCUUUUCCUUUUUUUAUAGUAUAUUUUUUUUUGCAAGAUUUCAGAACUCAUUUUAAUCAGAACUGUGCCAAUAACAUUAUAUCUUAUAAAUAGUUUAAGAAAUGCUUUUAGUUUUUGCAUGUACAAACCAAUGUACAAGUUUUCCCUUUGUAUUUAGAAUACAGUUUUAGUCUUUUUACUCAUAUAUAUUUGUACAUAUGUACUAUGUACAUGAUAACUCUACUCCAUUUCCAUACAGCACUUGAAUUUUUACUUGAAACCAAACUAAAGGAUACUUGUUCUGUUUGUACUGUGAAUUGAAUUAUUUGAAUCAUUAAAUACAAGCUAUGCUUCAGAGUUCAGAAGAGGUGUACGUUCA